AUGAUAAUCAUCACAAACCAGUUCGUGAGAUGGCUAUUACUAAUUAUUAGUACUUCUUUUAGUCCAUUACGCAUCGUCUCGUCUGAAUCCGCUCAAUUGUAUGUUGUUCCGUUUCCAUCACUUCUUGACAAUAACAACGAUGGUUCACUCACACAUCCAUACUCAUCACUCCAACAAGCACUCGAUCACAUCGAACGUGACUACUAUCAUGUUAGGACUGCAGCGCAUCGAACAACAAUCAAUUUAUAUCCAACACAUCACUUCGUUGAUACAAUUCACUUGACACAAGCUCAUAGUCACACACGACUGACCACAAUGAGCGACAUAGACACUACCGUUUACGAAGAACUAGCUGCUCGUGAACACACGCAUUACCGAUUAACAACUGCAUCUAUUAGUGGCGGAGUGCCUGUAACUGGUUGGACACGAAUUAGUGAAAAUACCUAUAGUGCUGUCGUUCCAUCGUCACUAUUCGUCAAUCAAUUAUUCGUCAACAAUAAGCGAAUUGUUCGUACACGCGUUCCAAGGAAUCAUUCAGAUUAUCUUCAAUAUGCUGCACCUCUGAAUGAUUCAACUAAAGUACGGUACGGUUUUCAAUAUGUCAAAGGACAAUUUGAUUACAAGUCAUUAGCCGAUGCCAUGGUGGUUAUCUAUCACAGUUGGACAGAGUCACAUCAUUACAUUGAUCGACUCAUUACAACAAACAACACCAUUUUAUUUACUAAUCCAUCCCAAUAUGCAAUUGGAGCAUUUCCAACUCAAGCACAACGACGAUUUCAUAUUGAAAACCUUUGUGAAGCGCUUGUUCCAAACUCUUUUUGUUUUGUUAAUGAAACAAAAACUGUUUAUCUUAUGACUGAUGGUUCUUAUGAUCCAACAAAGGUAGAAAUUAUCACAUCCGUCAAUGAAAUUGUUGUAUCACUCGCUAGCAAUGAUUCGACUAAUCCGGUUGAAGAUGUUAUCAUUGAUAAUGUGGCCAUACAGCAUGGUGCAUGGAAUAUUGGUCGCACCGAACAAGCCAACUCUGCUUCAGCUGCAUUUCUCACAUCUGUCGGGUUAUUUAUUGCCAAUGCAUCGUCAAUUCUUAUCUCAAAUGUUGAAAUCAGUCAUACUGGUUCAUACGGUCUACGAAUAAGAGAAGGAACGUCAAAUGUCAAUAUUAUCAAUUCACUAGUUAAUGAUACAGGUGCAGGCGGUGUUUGGAUAGGUGAUUGGAUGACAGAUGUAUCCAUUUUAGCAAAUUCAAAUACAAUCUUGUCGAACGAAAUUAGUUACGGUGGCAAUGUCUUUCCAAGUGGAGUGGGUGUUCUCGUUUUUCGUGCAUUUGACAUUGUCAUUGCUGACAAUGUUAUUCAUCAUCAUCGAUACAAUGGGAUAUCUGUUGGUUCUCAAAAUGGCUACACUCAAUCAUGGACAUCAAAGAUUUUAAUCUUAAAAAACUAUAUUUAUAACAUUGGACAACAUAUUCUUUGUGAUCAAGGAGGUAUUUAUAUAAUCGGUGUUCAGCCAGGAACAGUAAUCCAUGGCAAUGUCAUCAAGAAUGUAUUCAGCUAUGCUACCUAUAUGUGGGGUAUUUAUCUCGACGAUGGUGCAUCAGAUAUAAUUGUUUCCAAUAAUGUUGUAUACAAUACCGGCUGGAGUUCCAUGUUUCAACAUUCUGGAGCGAACAAUACAAUCAUUAAUAAUGUAUUUGCACGUGCAUCGUUGAUCCAACCACCACAGUCUGAUGACCUCAUGCCAGAUGGUGAUGUUCGUGUUCAACGCGCUGAAAACCAUACUUCAUGGAUAUAUACACGCAAUAUUGUUUAUGAUACAUUCCAAGGGACCAAUCACUCUGCGUUCAAAUCCGAUCCGCAUGUCAUUGCAUCAUUUAGUAACAAUGUGUAUUAUAAUCCAUAUGGUACUCCCUUACUAUUUGGAUCACAACAAACAUCAUUUUCUGAGUGGCAAAAAACUGGACAAGAUAACGAUAGCAUCAUAGCAGAUCCAUUAUUUGCCGGCGACGUCAAUCAAUGCGAUUUCUUUACUGUUCAACCGAACAGUCCUGCGGCAAAACUUGGAUUUGUAAAUUUGACAAAACUUUCGAAGUGGACUCCCGGAUGCGAUGUAGAUGAUGGGAUUGACAGCAAUCAAUUUUACCAUUGGUGA